CUCCAAGCAUUACAACCAGCAAUAUUUUCCAACAUAUUCCCCAUACCCCGCCCUUUGCAGUGAAGUCACUGAGAAUUGAUUUGAUUUGGAAUGCCUUGUCAAAGUUCUUCUUUAUACAUCUAUGUCUCUGCAUCUUCUGUACCAGAUGUGUUGACAUAGGAAGACAAGCUCAGGGCAAGAGGGAGGUGAUUUGGCAAGUUUUGAGUCUCCGGCUGGUCUCUCCGGGGGAAACUUCGGCAUGAUGUGGAACUGGUGGUUUUGGUUUUGUUUGGCACUCUGCACCGCAGACCAAUAUAGGGAUGAAGCAGUAAGAAUCAUGAAUGAGACACCCUUAAUCGAUGGUCACAAUGAUCUACCGUGGCAGAUACUGAAGAAGUUCAAUGGCCAGCUGCAGCGGACAGAAGCCAACCUGAACUACCUGGAGGGCACACACACCAAUAUUCCGAAGCUGAGGGCUGGCUUGGUGGGCGGCCAGUUCUGGUCUGCUUACAUGCCCUGUGAUACCCAGAACAAAGACGCAGUGAAGAGAACCCUGGAGCAGAUCGACCUCAUUUACAGAAUGUGCCAGACAUACCCUGAGACUUUCUUGUGUGCCACCAGCACUGCAGAUAUAAAACUGGCCUUCCAGCAGAAGAAGGUGGCCAGCCUGAUUGGUGUGGAGGGUGGCCAUUCCAUGGACAGCAGUAUGGGUGUCCUCCGGGUACUGUACUACCUGGGAGUGCGCUAUAUGACCCUCACCCACAACUGUAACACACCCUGGGUUGACAACUGGCUGGUGGAUAGAGGAGAUGACAAACCCCAGAGCAACGGCCUAUCAAAAUUUGGAGAGGAGGUGGUGAAAGAAAUGAACCGCCUGGGUAUAAUGAUCGAUCUGGCCCACGUAUCAGUGGCCACCAUGGAGGCCGUGCUGUCGGUGUCCCGAGCCCCUGUGAUUUUCAGCCACUCCUCUGCCUAUCACCUAUGUCCCCAUAAACGGAAUGUACCAGAUAAUAUCCUCCAGCUCGUGAAAAACACCAGAAGUUUGGUGAUGGUGAAUUUCUACAAUCAGUAUGUUUCCUGCCAAAAAGAAGCUAACCUGUCUCAAGUAGCAGAUCACCUGGAUUAUAUCAAGAACACUGCUGGACCAGAAGCUGUGGGAUUCGGUGGGGAUUACGAUGGUGUUGACGUGGUCCCCACAGGGCUACAGGAUGUCUCUAGUUACCCAGACCUGAUAGCUGAACUUCUCAGGAGGAAGUGGACUGAAACAGAAGUGAAAAACGCCUUAGCCUAUAACCUGUUAAGGGUCUUUGACGAGGUGGAGCAGGCAAGCAACCAUAGUGUCCUCCCUAAUGAGAACGUCAUCGAACUUAAUGAGCUGGAAGGUACUUGCAGAACCUCCUAUGGCUACAGCCCAGGGGACCACAGCCACCAGCACCGGCCAGGAGUCCUCCCUGUAGUACUCACUCUUCUUCUCUUUUACCUGUGGCUGCUAUGAUCCUGUCCAGCCCACUGCCACCCCUCAAUUCACUAGCUGUCAGCAGGAGCCAAGAUGACUGCAAGGCUGGAUCUAGCCCAAAGCCUCAAAGAGGGGCCAGAUCCAUCUCCAAACCAAGCUCCUCCUGAUACGUCUACUCUCUGAAAGGAAGAUGGUCCCAUUUGUGAUUCUGGCAUAGAAGUACUCCUUCCUCAGAUAUAGCAAAAGGAAGAAUCUAACCUAUGCACAUCUGGUGAAUUUGGUCCAGGCCUAGCAACACACACAGACACACAGACAUGCAGACACAGACAUACACACACACACACACACGAGAUGGGCAAAAAGAAAAUUCAAUAAAAGUUGCAGUUACUGCUAUUUAAAGAAUAUACCUCUCUUCAUACCACUACCAUUGCUAAACUGCAGGAAGAGGCACUGUCUGUCUCCACAAAGCAACUCUAGACCCAAGGUCAGGAGACAUAGGCAAUAGCUUUGCUUUCUUCUGACCAGGUGGCCCCAACCAAGUCAGUUCAUCUCCCCUAGUAAUCAUAAUAAUAAUCCCCUAGAAAAUGUAGCUCAAACCUCAGCCUCCCCAAAAUGCCAUAAGGACAUAUGCUGCUAUGUAAAGUACUUUGCAAUUUCCAGAGAGUCUUUUUAUAACCCUCCCCCCACCCCACCCCAUAGAUUAGAAAUCAGGCAAUCUAGGUCCAAAACCCUGGUGCCAUUCAUCUACUCCGACUUGGGCAAGCCAUUAAAUCUCAGUCUCAUUUUCCUUCUCUCUCAUAUGGGAAUAAUGCCUGUCCUACCUAACAGUUGUAAGAAUCAAGUAAGAUUAAAAAAAAAAAAAGUGAAGGGACUUUUAAAAAUUAUAAAGUAGUACUAUACAACUAUAAGGAUUUGUCAGGGAUAAGGGGGAUAUUAUUACAAUCUUGUGCUCUCAAAAGAAUCCUUUUCAGUCUCAAACCAACCUCUAGGCAAUAAUUGACUGCCAAAUGCUCUGUAUUACUGUCCCUGAAAAACUUUGCUCAUUAGCCUUUGAAAUAGCACAUGGUUUCAAGCCCUCAACUGUCACUAAACCAGGUGUAUGAUUUUGGACAAAUUACUUUCCCUCUUUCACUUCUCUAUAAAACAAGGAGGCUGGUCUCUAAGACCUCUGCUAGCACUAACAUUUUAGGCUUCUAGGAUGCUCCCAAGUGGGAAGCCAUGGGAAGGAUGCGCACAAAUCCAUGUGAAAGAUGGCUGUAAGACCACCCUCAAACUGGAUGCACAAGUUGAUACACUUAGGCAGGAGAGGAAGCCAUAAACACAAAGCCAGUAAAGGACUUUUCAAGAACCUCGCUCUGGAUCGGUAGAGCAAUAGGGACAACUAACCUCUGGAUCUCAGGGUCUUCUAGUUCUUCAUCCCCCAUCAACCUGUGUAUCAGUUCCACUACUAGAACAAGUAAUUCUUGACAUAAAGGCACAUAGGCAACAGGCCACCCAACGAGAGAAGGGCAAUGAUCUAGGUGGCAGCUGUUACCAACAUUUAGUCAUUGGUCAGUUUCAAAAAAUUAGAGGUAUUUGCAGCAUGCACCACAAGCAAGGGGUUAAAUCUUUAGCUUCCCAUUUUAGGUUGGCCCCAAUGUAACAACAAGAAGUUUGUAUGCAUUAUGAGACCAAUUAAAGGCUAUGAGGCUUCAGGAAAAAGACACCAGGAGGUCUUGGAUCCUCUUUCAAAUCCUGGCAUGGCCUCACUCUGCAGAGCAGAGCCAUCUGACAUCUCAAAGUUUCCUGUCUCAGGGGCACGAAGUUGGCACUUGGGUGCUACAGCAGGCUGAUCCUCAUGGGCUGUUACCUCCAGCUUCCUAGACUGUAUUUCAGCACCUCCUGUAGCUUUAGACUAAUUGAUCUACAUCUUAGAAUCGAGGAAUGUUCAACAUCCUGGCUCCCUCCUCCUUAAGCAUUAACCCUUCCUCUAGGGAAUCUCAUUCUUUUCAGGAAGUACAUCCCAGGUUAUCUGUUGACUAGACAGCCAAGGCCAAUGCAAAAAGGGCAGAGCAAUGUGGUUUCUAUCGUGUUUUUUCGCACAAAUUUGUCCAUGGGGCCUUCAUUCCACCUGGCUCGAGAUGGUCUGGGUCGCUUUCUAAACAUCGGGAAGACUUGCUUUGCGGGGAAAUAGCACCCCCUUGUGGAAUAAAAGGUAAUUACCUUAGA